AUGUCCAAUAUAAAAAAUAUUGAAGAAGAAAAACAAAUACUAUCUGAACAUUUAAAUGCAUUAAGUACAACAGAAUUACAUGCAUUUGAUUUACAAUUAACAUUAUUACGAACAGCAUUUGAAUCAUAUAAACGUGAAACUGUAUUUAAACCAUGUCCAUCAUUUCUUGUUGGACUUAGUGAUGAUCAAUUGCGUAAUGUCUUUCGUUUACCACCUGUAACUGUAUUCAUAUCCGUAUUGGAUCAAUUAAGUGACUUACAAGUUCAAUUAUUAAAUUGGCUUCUAACUCGUGAUACAUUUAAAUUAAAUAUGGUACCUGUAGAAUCAGUACUUUCACUUGUAAAACAUCAAUUAUCUGUUCCAAUACCAAAUUUUGCUUUUGAAAUAAAUUAUAAUCAAAUUCGUAAUGAACGUUUUAAUGAUUUAACACAAAAUGAUCAUUAUAAAAAACUUUAUGCAUAUCAUGGUACACGUUUAGAUAAUCUUCAUUCAAUACUUCAUAUUGGUUUUCUUGGACAUAUGAAUAAAUUAUCAUUAUUUGGUUCAGGAACAUAUUUUUCUUUAGAACCAUCUGUAUCACUUCAUUAUUCACCAUUUGCAACUGUUUGGCCAAAUAGUUUAUUAGGUAAACGACUUAGUUGUCUUUUAUUAUGUGAAAUUAUUGAUCAACCUGAUCAUGUUAAACGUGCAAUUGAAAAUGAAACAUCAAGCAAUCAGGAACGAAGAAUUGUUAGUGAUAGUCAAGCUGGUGCUGUACCCGAUAAAUAUGUUGUUGUUACAUCAAAUGAACUUGUAAGAGUCAAAUAUAUUCUUAUUUAUGCGGAAUCUAAUGAAUUACUACAAGUCAAUCAAGUAACAAGAUCUCGUUGGCGAACAUUUUUUUCUACACAUCGUUAUCAUCUUUGUUUAUUUUUCUAUUUUAUUCUUCUUUUAUUAAUUGGAUUUUUUAAUUCAAAUUUAUUUAAAUUUUAUUGGCGUCUAUUUAAAAAACGUUCAAAUCAUCUUCUUUUUGGUUCAUGGCAUUUGACUCAAUAA